ACGAGAGGUUGUGGAUUCUGUUCUCCAUUAGCAAAACCGUUAUUUGGGGGUCCCGAAUAGCCAUGAAGUCAUGAACCAUUCGUGAGAGUGUUACUCUUUGUAUUCACUUUUUCUAGCUGUGGUGGUGAAGCCACCGUAAAAUCCAUUUGGGGCUUUCAAUGACGUAUAUCGUGGAGGAUGACAUUGACGACGGUUGUCGCACAAGGGAGGUGGAUGGUGGUGACUACUUCAAAUUGAGAUGGAGCCUCCAAGAUUCUCAACCUCAACAGGAGGCAGAGGCCACGGACACGGAACCUUCUCCGUCGGCGAGAGGAGCGGAUUUGUGGUAUUGGGUUAAAUUGGUGGUGUCUUUCCUUUGCCUGGGGCUCUUGGCUCUUGUUGUUUUCAAAUGGGUCGGACCCUUUUUCAUAGAAAAGGUGAUUAUUCCUAUAAUAAAUUGGGAGAGAAACACAUUCAGUACUCCAGUGUUAGCUGUUCUGGUGUUUGCUUCUGUAGCACUAUUCCCAACCCUACUUUUGCCAUCCUCACCUUCUAUGUGGGUUGCUGGGAUGACAUUUGGUUACGGCUUUGGGUUCUUGCUGAUAUUUUCUGCAGUAGCUGUGGGAGUAUCCCUCCCUUUUUUUAUCGGUUCAAUCUUCCAACAUAAAAUUGAAGGGUGGUUAGAACAGCAUCCAAAGAGAGCUUCUGUUCUAAGAUCUGCUGGUGGAGGAAAUUUGUUUCAUCAGUUUCGGGCAGUUGUUUUAAUCAGGGUUUCUCCAUUCCCGUACAUAAUCUAUAACUAUUGUGCUGUGGCGACAAAAGUUAAGUAUGGGCCUUACUUGUUCGGAUCCUUGGUAGGAAUGGUACCAGAUAUAGUUGCUUCAAUCUAUACGGGAGUUUUGAUACGCACAUUGGCUAAUGUUUCGCAUAAAAAGCACACUCUAUCUGCCCCUCAAACCGUCCUCAAUGUUGUUGGCUUCUGCAUAACUGUAGCUACAACCAUCUUUUUCACUGUCUAUGCUAAGAGACGGCUCAAGGAGUUACGAAAAGAGGAUGAGCUGCUGUUACAAUAAUCCAGUAGUUUUAGUCUGGAUUUCAUUGCUGGCUGCACGAGGCAGUUACUGCUAUCUCGUAUUGGCACAUUGAUGCACACUGCCCAGUUGGGUGAGGUUUUAUUUAUUAAGUAACCUCAUCUAUGUGAGGGUUGAACGUCAAAUGUUUAAAGGGUAGGAAGUGGUGAUCAAGGAACAAGCUAACACGACUGACAUCAGCAUUUCUAUAACUUUUUCCUUUCUACAGAAACUAGUUUCUUUGUUGCUGCUUCCAUCUCAUUUGACUUUGUAUAUGAAUGAAAUUCCUACUUUUAGAGUGAUUGUUUUAAA